AUGCACGUUAUGGUCAAGAUGCUGACAACUCUCCUGGCCGUACUUCUGGCCGGUGCGGAAGCGCGACUUGGUGACACGCCAGAGCCACCCAGGAAUGCAUCCUGGCCAUCUCCAGAGGACCUCCUACCAGGCGGUGCUGCACGCAGAAAGGAAUACUGGUCGAAUGCCACUUUGCGCUUCAACGUCAACCCAAGCCUCUCAAAGUUGCACGACGUGACCAGGAGACUGGGCUACGAUCACCUGGCAACGACCACCCGCUACGCAGACACUUGCUGCGCCUCUUGUGGAUCGGUCGACACUGCCAGACUCGUUGCUGGAACAGACUUCUAUGCUGUGGCAUCCGCCGAGGUCAUGCAGGCUCAGGGCGUCGGUGAUGGCCAUUACUGCACCCGAGAUGCAUCAGGUCCAACAGGCAUGGGCUGCCUUUCCUGUGCAAGGGGCAAAUUCCUUUGGUACCAUCCCUUCAACUAUCCAUUGGGAGCAUGGAAGGGGUCUUCACUCUUCCGGAGAGAGAUCAAGAUCGUCGUUGCCGACACAUGCCCAUACGCUGGCAACGAAGCAUGGUGCCCUGGCCGUCAGGGACCUUCGACGAACACAUUCGGUGUGAAGCACCACUUUGAUUUUGCCAGCCCGCCUGGCAAGCACGACAACUACUACUUCGCCUGGAAGAAGAUGGAAUGCCCGAAUUACAUCAAAAGGCGAUAUGCGCGGCUGAGCAGGUGCUGA